GGUCACCGACACGCAGAAAUAGGCUAUAACAAGGGAGGCAGAGUCUCCUCUCUUCUCCACCAUCACACUCACACCACAGCUGAUCUGAGUCCACAGCACCAUUCUUCUCGAGAUCAGAUCGACCGCCCGCUAGGCACACUUCGCUUUGCCGCAACAUCCAUCCCAUCCAUGGCUCCCUCACAAGAAGUCGCCAUCACCAAGGACCCAUCCACCAACGGCAACGGCAACGGCAACGGCAACGGCACGGCCGCAACAGCCCCCAAGACCAAGACGCCGGCGCUGAACGAGCGGAUCCUGUCCUCCAUCACCCGCCGGUCGGUGGCGGCGCACCCGUGGCACGACCUGGAGAUCGGCCCGGACGCGCCCACAAUCUUCAACUGCGUGAUCGAGAUCCCCAAGGGGAGCAAGGUCAAGUACGAGCUGGACAAGAAGACGGGGCUCAUCAAGGUGGACCGCGUGCUCUACUCCUCCGUCGUCUACCCGCACAACUACGGCUUCAUCCCGCGCACCCUCUGCGACGACUCCGACCCAAUCGACGUCCUCGUCAUCAUGCAGGAGCCCGUCGUCCCCGGGUGCUUCCUCCGCGCCAAGGCCAUCGGACUCAUGCCCAUGAUCGACCAGGGCGAGGCCGACGACAAGAUCAUCGCCGUCUGCGCCGACGACCCCGAGUACCGCCACUUCAACGACAUCAAGGAGUUGCCUCCCCACCGGCUCGCCGAAAUCAGGCGAUUCUUCGAAGACUACAAGAAGAACGAGAACAAGGAGGUGGCCGUCAACGACUUCCUGCCGUCAGAGGACGCCUACGAGGCCAUCCAGCACUCCAUGGAUCUCUAUGCCACCUACAUUUGCGAGGGCCUGAGAAGGUAGAUAAUAGAUCCGGUGAUGCCAUGCCGCUUGCUGGAGGAUGUUGAUGAAAAAUUAUUCGUGUCGAAACGUUACAUACAUUCUUGUUUUGUGUUACCUACCUGCAUACACAAAUACACAUACUAGUAUAUGAUAUGAUCGCCCAAAGCCUUGCAUUAAGGCAGUAGCAGCCAGAUAAGCAGGGCAUUCUUUUCCCAACUACCUUAUGUAAUACAAUUUCCUGGCUGAAUGAAUAUGAGAUGUUGGUAUACUUUUCCCCA